CGGAGCCCGAGCGCGGCCGCCGCCUGCCGGGCCUCCCCUCGCCGCGGCCGGCCGCCGCGCUCCCGCCCGGGCGCCCAGCUAUGUACUCCCCGUACUGCCUCACCCAGGAUGAGUUCCACCCGUUCAUCGAGGCGCUGCUGCCUCACGUCCGCGCCUUCUCCUACACCUGGUUCAACCUGCAGGCGCGGAAGCGCAAGUACUUCAAGAAGCACGAGAAGCGGAUGUCGAAGGACGAGGAGCGGGCAGUGAAGGACGAGCUGCUGGGCGAGAAGCCCGAGAUCAAGCAGAAGUGGGCAUCCCGGCUGCUGGCCAAGCUGCGCAAAGACAUCCGGCCCGAGUUCCGAGAGGACUUUGUGCUGACCAUCACGGGCAAGAAGCCCCCCUGCUGUGUGCUCUCCAACCCCGACCAGAAGGGCAAGAUCCGGCGGAUUGACUGCCUUCGCCAGGCCGACAAGGUGUGGCGGCUGGACCUGGUCAUGGUGAUUUUGUUUAAGGGGAUCCCCCUGGAAAGUACUGACGGGGAGCGGCUCUACAAGUCGCCCCAGUGCUCGAACCCCGGCCUGUGCGUGCAGCCACAUCACAUUGGAGUCACAAUCAAAGAACUGGAUCUUUAUCUGGCUUACUUUGUCCACACUCCGGAAUCCGGACAAUCAGAUAGUUCAAACCAGCAAGGAGAUGCGGACAUCAAACCACUGCCCAACGGGCACUUAAGUUUCCAGGACUGUUUUGUGACUUCCGGGGUCUGGAAUGUGACGGAGCUGGUGAGAGUAUCACAGACUCCUGUUGCGACAGCAUCAGGGCCCAACUUCUCGCUGGCAGACCUGGAGAGUCCCAGCUACUACAAUAUAAACCAGGUGACCCUGGGGCGGCGGUCCAUCACCUCCCCUCCUUCCACCAGCACCACCAAGCGCCCCAAGUCCAUCGAUGACAGCGAGAUGGAGAGCCCUGUCGACGACGUCUUCUAUCCUGGCACAGGCCGCUCCCCAGCAGCUGGCAGCAGCCAGUCCAGCGGGUGGCCCAACGAUGUGGAUGCAGGCCCGGCUUCUCUAAAGAAGUCAGGAAAGCUGGACUUCUGCAGUGCCCUCUCCUCUCAGGGCAGCUCCCCGCGCAUGGCUUUCACUCACCACCCGCUGCCUGUGCUUGCUGGAGUCAGACCAGGGAGCCCACGGGCCACAGCAUCAGCGCUGCACUUCCCUUCCACAUCCAUCAUCCAGCAGUCGAGCCCAUACUUCACGCACCCGACCAUCCGCUACCACCACCACCACGGGCAGGACUCGCUGAAGGAGUUUGUGCAGUUUGUGUGCUCGGAUGGCUCGGGCCAGGCCACCGGACAGCCCAACGGUAGCGGCCAGGGCAAAGUCCCGGGGUCAUUUUUGCUACCACCGCCGCCUCCAGUGGCCAGACCUGUGCCCCUUCCUAUGCCUGAUUCCAAAUCCACCAGCACUGCCCCAGACGGCGCCGCCUUGACUCCUCCAUCACCUUCAUUCGCAACGACAGGCGCCUCCUCUGCCAACCGGUUUGUCAGCAUCGGACCCCGGGACGGCAACUUUCUGAACAUCCCACAGCAGUCUCAGUCCUGGUUCCUCUGAUAAGAUCGACAAAAGAAAUGGCAAAAUGAAAAGAAGAGGUUCCUCAAAAGGGGGGAGAAGAAAUUUUGAGACGUGGAAAAAUCCCCCAGCCCAGCCCAGCCCCACCGAAAAGCAAAAAUUAGACGUCGUCAGCCACUCAGCCCUUCUCUCCUCCAGCCCGGGGACCCCUGCAGGCCCCCAGAAGCAGCUCAGUUCUCGGAGAGCCUCAGAAGAGGUCUCGGUGGAGCUGUGCACCAGCAGCCAAGCAGAAAGAAACAUGCAAAACGGACUCUGUCAAGUAGAGGACAGAAAGAAAGGAUGCAGAACUGCCUUCCUCCCCCCACAUCCCGUCCCGGCCUUCUGGGGAAGGAGCAAAAUCCCCAAACAAAGCAACCAGCACAAUUCUGAAGGGGCCUGUCCCCCACCCUCACCCUUCCUAGGGGAACCCCACCCUCGACUAGGGCCGGAGCUUCACUAGGGAGCUCAGAGGACCAGCUUGUAAAGAUGAUGGGGUGCAGAUCCAGAGGGCUCUCCCCUCCAGACUCCACCCCCUCCCUCCCUCACUGCCUUUGCCUCUGGCUUCUUUCCCCCAGCUGCUCUGGACCGGGUGAAGCAGGAUAGCCUCGCCCCACCCUCGGGCUAGAAGCCCCCCCAACCCCGGCUGGGCAGGGGGCAUCUCCCGGAGCUAGUUGUGUGCUCCCAGAAUGGAGGGUGUUCUACCACCCGACCCUGAGCUGCAGGGGCAGUUCCCCGGGCCCCAAACCCCUCUGUACAGUCCAUAGGAAAAGGUCGGAAUGCUCUAGACAGCCCAUCCCAGCCUGGGACAGGUCCCCUCUUCCCUCUCUCCCAAGGCAGGCCAGGAAGGUCACCGUCCUGACAUGCUACAAGUGAGGGGAGGUGGGCCCCAGGUUGCCCCCACACCCCAGCCCCGCAUGCAGGUGCCCUCGCUCCGCCCCAUUGGUCCCUGCCCCUGCCCCUACGCAGACAGCCCUGCUGUGGCCGGGCCGGAGAGUGGAGCAGAAAGGGGACCCCGGAGUCGAGCGAGGAGGACGAGGCAGCCGCCGCUGCCCUUGGCUAAACCGCCACCUGCGCUAGGUAGGCGUCCUGCUUGCCGACUUUCAGUUCCUUUGGAGGGUGUUGGGUGUCGUCCUUUUUCAAAAGUGUUUUG